CCCAGCGACCGGAGCGGCCGGCCGGGAACACCGACGCCCCGGGCCCGGCAGUCGCACCGCGCCGGGCGGCAGGCGGCCUCGCUGGCGUCCGUGUGUGCUGCCUGCCGGCAUGAGCCGCCGGCCGGGGUGCUCAGCAAAGCCCAGGGCCCAGCGGGGGGCCCCAGCCUCCCUGACCAGCCAGAGCUGGGUCUUUGCAAGAAGCAGGCGGGACAACGUGGGGCAAGGCUGCCCACAGGCCGGAGGUCGGCUCACCCGCGGCCCCUCAGGGAGCUGUCUGCCUCGGAUUCAUUGCAUGGCGCCCAGGCCAGUCCGACCCCAGGGAGAGCCUGGGCCGCCCAGGGUGGUGGAAGCCCGCCGGGCCCCACACCCGCUGGCUCUCUACGAGAAUCUCGGAGGCGCCAUGCCUGCGGAGCUCCUAUUAAAGGUGCUGCACGUGCUGGAUCCGGACCGGAAGCUGGAAGACACAUGGGCUUAUUGUGAGGACGCUGGCAAGAGGGCGGAGGAACCCACGAAGCUUUUAACAAAACGGUCCACCAAAGUCCCGCCGGGGCGUCCCAAGGAGACACCCGUGUCACAUUCAGGCCAGUGGCUCUAUGAAGAAAAAGCUAGUGAAAUGGAUUUGCUCCACGCCGAUGGUGCUCUUCUUCAGGACAAUGCCUGCAAAGGAGUCAGUGACUUCUGCAGCUGGCUUGCUGCUAUGGGACAUCUGAACAUCGAUGAAGGGUUCAUCCUGAAACAGUUCGACGUUGACAUUCGAAACAGGCUGAGCUGUGACGUGCUGCGUGUGAUGAGGCCCAACCAGGUCCCCCUGGAGCUGUGCUGUAGGGUGGGGCUCAGUAAGCUACAGGAGCCGGGAUUUUUCCAGGAACUGGACCAGAAGAGGAAACCCCAUAAGGCCCAGAAUCCGCAUAAACCAAAGUGGGUGAAGAUGAGGUAUGGGGCAUGGUAUCUGAACACCAAGCUGUGGAGAAAGCAAAGAGCAGAUGAACCUUUGGUUGACCCCGAGGUCUUACGCCAAGCCCAAGAUGAGAGUUCCAGAAGGAAGCUGCGGGAGCAGGUGUGUGUAUGUGCUGAGAUCAUGAGGAGCGGCUGGCAGACUUCCACGCCACAGCUGCCUUCAGGGACUUCGUUCUCAGCCGGGGCCACAGGAUGCCAAGUUUCCUUGAGAAGAUAUAUGCUGGGAAGAAGGGUAAAUGUGCAUGUAGGACUCCUACAAAACCCACGCAAGGCUAGAAGCAUCUGGGGUCUGCUCUGAUACUUCCGCCGUGCUCUGUCACUGGCUGGGAGGAGGCCAUGAGAAGCAGAGCUUCAGUGUGAGGUGCGGGAUCCAGCUGUGGCCAUCAGACAGAGCAGCCCAGCGGAGAGGUGAGUUCUCCAAGGGUUGGGAAUUCCUGAUACUUGAAGCCAUGUGCAUCCUGCCAUAGGUUCCCCUUUCAGCACGUAAGGACUCACUUCUGCAAUAUACUACCAGCAGCCAGGAGAAACCAGGAGGAGGUUGGGAUGCUAAAAAGGAUAGCCAACAAAAAGAACUAGGACUGACUUGGUGGUUUUUAAUAUUCUGAGUCUCUCUAAUGUUGAAUGGUGUUAAAAUUAGGAACUGAAUUGGAGGAGUGCGUAUUUGUCCAUAGCAGCUAAGCCACUGCUCCUCUCCCAGUCCCAGCUUCCUGCUAACCCACACUCUGGGAGGCAGCAGGUGAUGGCUCAAGUCCUUAGGUUCCUGCCACCCAUGUGGCAGACUUGGAUUGAGUUCUAGCUCCUGGCUUUGACCUUGCCCAGCCCUGGCUGCUGCAGUCAUCUUGGGAAGUGACCCAGUGGAUGGGAGAUCCCUUGCUGUCUCUCUGCCUUUCAAAUAAACGUUUGAGGCAUGCUGCCCAGAUCGUGUGUAUAACAAUAGAGCUUUUAAGAAGCUGAAGGGUAUUGUGCUUCAUCAGAAGCCCAAGGUAGAGAAGGGGUGAUCAUGGAAAGAUUUUUUUUUUUUUUUUUGACAGUCAGAGUUAGACAGUGAGAGAGACAGAGACAGAGAGAAAGGUCUUCCUUUGCCGUUGGUUCACCCUCCAAUCGCCGCUGCGGCCAGCGCACCACACUGAUCCAAAGCCAGGAGCCAGGUGCUUCUCCUGGUCUCCCAUGCGGGUGCAGGGCCCAAGCACUUGGGCCAUCCUCCACUGCCUUCCCGGGCCAUAGCAUAGAGCUGAACUGGAAGAGGAGCAACCGGGACAGAAUCCAGCACCCCAACUGGGACUAGAACCCGGGGUGCUGGUGCCACAGGCGGAGGAUUAGCCUAGUGAGCCAUGGUGCCGGCUUCAUGGAGAGAUUUUUGGGUUUUGCUUGUGAACAAUUGUCAGGCUACAGAGAAGCUGCCAAGUUUUUCAUAGAAUUACAUUGCAUAAGCAUUACUCACUUGGACUAAAAGGGACAAGACAAUAUAAAGUGAGAGGAGGCCUCUGGAUCUCCCAAAUUCUACUAGCAAAGAGCAAGGUGCAAAAAGUCUCAAUGACAAACAUGUGCUUCCGUCACAGAAAAGAUGAGUCUAAGGAAUCGUUGAGGUGGUAGCUGCAAGGCAUCCUCAUCAAGGAACUCCUGCCUUUCCUGGGCUGGGUCUCAGGGUGUCUGCAGAGCAACGACUCUUGUGUGCCUCCAGCCCCCCAGCUUUUUGAACAGGAGUGUCCAUUGUGCCCAUAUUAUGCCUCUCCUACCAUUGUAUCUUGGGCGUGGGGAAGAUAACGCGACAUUUUUAGUUCACAGGUUUUCAGACUGAAAGGACCAGAAUGACUUUCCUGUGCGAGUGAUACCCAAGUUGCCUGUGCCUUUAGGAAUUACACCUGAGUGCUCUAUGCUAUCUGCACCUGAGCCUGAUUUAGAUUCUGACGUUCUGGAUUCCAAGAUGGUGCUGUGAUGGAUUGAGACUUUUGGGGAAUUUUGUAAAGAGGGAGGGUGUAUUUUGUGCAACACAGGAAUAUAAUUUGUGGCUUGAAGACAGAUUGGGCUGGUCUUAAAAUAUAUUCACAAGUUCUUUGAUGGUUUUUCCUUCAAAAGGUGGAACUUGGUUCUCUUCUUGAGCAUGGGCUGUGGUGAGUCGCUUGCUUCUAAUGAACAGAAUGUGGCAGAAUGGUGACAUG